UAGAUUUAAUACUAGUUGCAUCUUCUAAAUUAAACCUGGUCAUAUUGCUCUGGCAUAUGUGAGUUAAAAUUAUGGAAAACAAAUAUAUGGGCCAACCAUUGGUGCCGAAGAGGUUUAUUGUGGGUUUGAUGGGAUGUCUGGGAUGUUUUAUGCUAUAUGUGUUGCGAUCCAAUCUGAGUGUCGCUAUCAUAGCGAUGGUCGACGAGUUGGAGGUGAUUGAAGAGGACACCGCCGCUCACGGCAAUGACCUGUGCUAUGAUAUCAACACCAGAAUUAAUGUCACCAAAUUAACAAAUACUUAUCACGGUCCGAAAUAUAUGUGGAGCCAAUCAGUACAGGGCGUUAUACUGGGCUCCUAUUUCUAUGGCUAUACAGUAACACAAAUGUUGGGCUCAUAUGCGGACAAAUUCGGUGCUAAAUGGAUGACCGGUUUGGGUGUUGUAUUGCCCGCACUGUUAAACGCAUUCAUACCAGUGUUGGCCGACAUUCACUACUCUUUGGUCAUUUUGAUGAGGGUAUUGAUCGGCGCCUUUCACGGCGUGAUAUACGCCUGUGUUUUCUCAUUGUUUGCCAAAUGGUUCCCACAAUCGGAGAAAAUAGUGGCCAUAAGUGGGACAAUGUUUUUUGGUAAUUUUGGUGGCGUUGUUACCCUGCCAAUUGUCGGCUAUUUGUGCAAGGUGCAAUUUCUGGACGGCUGGCCCUCUGCUUUUUAUUCAACAUCUAUUGUAAAUAUCGUUUGGUUUGGGUUUUGGUGUUAUUUGGUUCACAACAGUCCCGAAGAGGACCCAAAUAUCAGUGAAUACGAACUGAAAUACAUAUCGAGUAAUAAUCCGCAGUCAAGAAGUGCUAAGAAUGUGACGAUUCCCUGGAGGGCUAUCUUCUCGUCCAAACCCGUCUGGGCGUCAAUACUGACCAAAAUCUGCGCCUGUUUUGGCUAUUAUAUAAUGUGCACAAAAAUGCCCACAUAUUUGGAUAAUGUAUUUGGUGUGAGCAUAACGAGCAACAGUUGGUUCAACUCAAUGAUGUACGGGUGUCUGUGUGUCACUAACAUAACCGGUGGUCCGCUCUCUAAUUGCAUUCGCAGUCAGCACUGGUUUUCUCAGACCAGGAAUCGCAAGAAUUUUCAAAGCUUUUCUCUGCUCACAUGCGCUGUCUGUAUGUUCCUCAUACCAGUGGUAGACUGUAAUGCGAUUGCGGUCAUAGCGUUAAUGUUGGUCGGAAUGACGGCAUUUGGGUUCAUCACCGGCGGUGAAUUUGGUGUCGUCCCGGAGUACGCGCCCAGUUAUGCGGGCAGUGUCUUCGGUGUGACCAACACAUUGGCCUCAACCACGGGUUUCAUUGGACCACAGAUUGUUGGACUCCUAUUGGAUUAUGGGGGCGAUUCGGGUGUAAGACAUCAGUGGAAUAUAAUAUGGUAUUUGUCGGCCACUGUUUAUGCUUUGGGUGCCAUAGCCUUUGAGGUGUGGGGAACCGCUGAACCCCAACUCUGGGCCGUUAUUUCAAACCCUGAUGAAACAAAUGAUCUGGAAACCAGAACAAGUUUAAUUGAAAAUAAAGUCUAGAUUAUUUAAUAUGGUAAUAGCCGGUAGAAUUUAUGAUCGACUUAUGGAUUAUUAAAAAGUGUAUUUUUAAAUUCAUUAAUCCCUUUGUCUUAUGAGAU